GUACCGGACUUGUGCUUCCAGGCUCCGGCUAAGAGAAAAGAGAGAGGAAGAUUGCAUUUGCAUUUGAAUUUGAAUUUGAAUUUGCAUAUACAUGUAAGACGUAUGUGAUCGCACAUGCGCGUGCGCAUCUACUCGGAGAGGGAGAAUGCUGGAGUUGUACUUGACCUGGAUGCUGUACGGCGUGGCAGCGACGGUGCUGGCGGUGAUGGCAUUGCUGGUGGCGUUCCAAGAUAGGCUUGUCUACGAGCCGGUGUUGCCUGGCGUCCCCAAGUCCUAUCACAUAACGCCUGCUCGCCUCCGCCUCCCCUACGAAGACGUCUGGCUCAGAUCUUCCGACGGCGUCCACCUCCAUGCCUGGUUCAUCAAGUUUUUUUCCCACCGCCCAGGCCCAACCUUGCUCUUUUUUCAGGAAAAUGCAGGAAAUAUUGCCCACCGUCUUGAAAUGAUUCGCAAAUUGUUACGGAAGUUGCACUGUAAUGUCUUUAUGCUUUCAUACCGAGGCUAUGGUGCCAGUGGUGGAUACCCUUCUCAGCAUGGAAUUACAAAGGAUGCUCAAGCAGCAAUAGAUCAUCUGAUUCAGAGGACAGAUAUUGACACGUCUAGAAUAGUAGUUUUUGGAAGAUCACUAGGAGGAGCAGUUGGUUCUGUACUUGCCAAAAAUAAUCCUGAUAAGGUCUCAGCACUGAUUUUGGAGAAUACUUUUACCUCUAUCCUUGACAUGGCCGGAGUUCUUGUGCCGUUCUUGAAGUGGUUUAUUGGAGGAAGUGAUUCAAAGGGACUCAAACUUCUUAAUUUUCUGGUUAGAUCUCCAUGGAAUACCAUUGAUGUUGUUGGCCAGAUCAAACAACCAAUCCUUUUCCUCUCUGGUUUACAAGAUGAAUUGGUUCCCCCAUCCCACAUGGAGAUGCUAUAUUCCAGGGCAGCUGCAUGCAAUAGGCAAUGCUUAUUUGUGGAGUUUCCGACCGCAAUGCACAUGGAUACAUGGUUGGCUGGUGGUGAUAAAUAUUGGAGAGCAAUUCAGCAGUUUAUGGAACAAACUGUUCCGGAGAAGAAGGAUCAUGAACUACAAGGGGAAGAGUACCACAAGAGCAACGGGUGCAAGAUGAUUUAUCUUAUUGCAAGGGAAAUGGGGUCAAUGUUGCAGAAGGCGCUAGGCGCCGGGGGCACCUAGCGCCUAGGUGGCCGAGUAAUUAUUAAUAAAAAAAAGAGGCAGUGGGCUGUGAGUUGUUAGACUAUUAUAAUCCUCCAAAGUAGUCAAUUACAUAUGUUAGACUGUUAAUUGAGUACAUGGCUCGAGGAAUAUGCAAGACAGUAAGAGGAACAACUGAGCAGGUGACAACGUACAGGCGAGGGAAUUAAAGGAAAAACCACUCGACCGAGUUGGGCGCUGAUUCGGCUGAGUUAGGCUCCGAGUUGGGCACCGACUUGGCUGAGUUAGGCGCCAAGGGCGCCUAGUUAGCCGCCUGACUAAAAGCUGCCUAAGGCUGAAAUUCUCUCGGCUUAGGGGCGCUUAGGCCGAUUUUUACAACACUGAAUGGGGUAGGUAUUGACAUGUUGUAUAAAGCCUUUGGCCUCUCAAGGAAGGGUUAGCCCUUUUAAACCUGUUCUCAGAUUUAGAAGCAGUGUAAGACGAUAGCAUAUACUGGCACAGUUUUCUUUUCUGGAGAGUGCAAUUAAUUUCACUGAUAUAGAGAAUGCAGUGUAGUGGUGCACUAUA